CAUCUCCGGCUUAAUUAGAGUGACGACGAACAUGUCUGCAAAAGUUAAGCCAAACCCAACUGCACCCAUGAUCAUCUACUUGUUCCCUCGUGUCAUCUCACUGCUAGCCUUGCUCCUUCUCGCAUGGGUCGUCGUUGUAGCCAGUGACACUGAGCAGCCACCAUACAAACCACUAGUUUCUCCUCUAGCAAAGGAUCGCAACACCUCGCUGUACACGAUCUCCAUCACCAAGGGCGCGCCCCUGGUCGUCGACCUCGCCGGCUCGCUCGUCUGGUCGACGUGCCCGUCCACGCACGGCACGGUCCCGUGCCAGUCCGGUACGUGCCGCGCGGCCAACCAGCUGCGCCCGCCCCGCUGCCGGUACGUGGACGCCGGCUGGUUCGGGGCCAACCGCGAGCCCGGCGGCGGCUGCGCCUGCGCCGGCCACCCCUUCAAUCCCGUCACCGGCGAGUGCUCCCUCGGCGAUCUCACCAGCGUGUCGAUGUCGGCCAACGCCACCGACGGCCGGAACACGCUGUACCCCGUGGAGUUCGCCGCCGCGGGGUCGUGCGCGCCCGACCGCCUCUUGAGAUCGCUCCCCGCGGGCGCCACCGGCGUCGCGGGCUUCUCACGGCAGCCGCUGUCCCUGCCGUCGCAGCUCUCCUCGCAGCGCGAGUUCGGCAACAAGUUCGCCCUGUGCCUGCCGGACUUGGCCGUGUUCGGCAACUCGCCGGUGAACCUGGGGCUCCGGUUCCUCCCCGACCUCACCGCCGUCCUCCCGCACACCCCGCUGGUGAGGAACCCCCGGAACGGCGCCCACUACCUCCCCGUCAAGCGCAUCUCGGUGCUCUGGGACCAGGACGUCGAGGUGUCCCUGCCCGCCGGCGCGCUCGACCUCGAUGCCAGCACGGGCCGCGGCGGCGUGGUGCUGAGCACGGUGACGCCGUACAUGGCGAUGCGCCCCGACGUGUACCGCUCCUUCAUCCAGGCGUACGACGCGGCCGUGAGAGGGAAGAGCUACGUGGUGGAGCGGGUGGCGGCGGUGGCGCCGUUCGAGCUGUGCUACGACGCGGGCGCUCUGCGCCCGCUGAAGCGGUUCGGCCGCGACGUGCCGACGAUCUCGCUGGAGCUGGCCGGGUCGACGCGCCCCUGGAUGGUGCCGAACGCCAACUACAUGGUGUUCCUGGACGGGUGGGUGGCGUGCGUCGGGGUGGUGGAGAUGGGGCGGGGCGCGGCGUCGCCGGUGGAGGACGAGCCGGCCGUGGUGCUGGGCGGGAUGCAGCUGGAGAACCGCCUGCUGGUGUUCGAUCUGGACAAGGGCGUGCUGGGCUUCAGCGACCUCAUCUGGUACAUGGAGACGAGCUGCAGCGCCUUCAACUUCACUCGCGCUUCCUAG